GCAGAAGCUCGCGCAGUCCUCUAGCAGGCGGGAAAGGGGGACCGGAGCGCAACCACUGAGGGCCCUUGUGGUCUGUCUGAUCUGUAAUGGCAGUCACUAUUAUUAGGUAUAUGACAGCCUAAUAUACCGCAUCUUACUCACAGAUGAAGAGAAUGAUCACUUUGCUUCAGGACCUCUCCCUGCAGAGCUCUGCUGCAACACUGAGGUGUACUGGUGAAUCCUUUCACUUUGUACACCCUUUUCAUAGUGACCACGAGCUUCAGUAACUGCACCCACUCUAGCCCCACUUCUGCUCACUCACCUGCUUCCUUACUUACCCUUGUCGUCAUGGCGACGUGGCCCAGCUGCCUCUUUAUGCUGACAGUGGUGACAUGCUCCUCCACCCAACGCCUGGAUCCACUCACACCCCCAGCUCCUGAGUAUGCCCAUUCCAUUCGAAUAGAUGGUGACAUCAUCCUGGGGGGCCUCUUCCCAGUGCAUGCACGAGGGGAGCGAGGUGCCCCCUGUGGGGAGGUGAAGAAAGAGAAAGGCAUCCAUCGGUUGGAAGCCAUGCUCUUUGCCAUUGACCUCAUCAACAAGGACCCUGACCUGCUGCCCAACGUCACGCUGGGUGCACGCAUCCUGGACACCUGCUCGCGGGACACAUAUGCCCUAGAGCAGUCCCUCACCUUUGUGCAGGCACUCAUUGAACGUGACCCCUCCGAUGUGCGGUGCGCUAGUGGAGAGCCUCCUAUCUUCGCCAAGCCGGACAAAAUUGUAGGUGUGAUUGGUGCUUCUGCUAGUUCUGUCUCCAUCAUGGUGGCAAACAUCCUGCGGCUGUUUAAGAUCCCUCAGAUAAGCUACGCCUCAACUGCACCAGAGUUGAGUGACAACACCCGCUAUGACUUCUUCUCCCGCGUGGUACCACCAGACUCCUACCAGGCACAGGCCAUGCUGGACAUUGUCACAGCAAUGGGAUGGAACUAUGUCUCCACGCUGGCUUCUGAGGGAAACUAUGGCGAGAGCGGUGUGGAGGCCUUUGUCCAAAUCUCUCGGGAAACUGGUGGUGUAUGUAUUGCACAGUCUCUGAAGAUCCCCAGAGAGCCCAGGCCAGGAGAGUUUGACAAGAUCAUCUUGCGACUGCUGGAAACUCCAAAUGCUCGUGCUGUCAUUAUGUUUGCAAAUGAGGAUGAUAUCAGACGCGUACUUGAUGCUGCUAAGCGAACCAAUCAGACGGAUCAUUUCCUCUGGGUGGGAUCAGACAGCUGGGGUUCAAAGAUCUCCCCUGUGGUCCAGCAGGAGAAAGUAGCAGAGGGAGCCAUCACCAUCCUGCCUAAAAGAGCUUCUGUUGAUGCUUUUGACAGAUACUUCAGAAGCCGCUCGCUCUCAAACAACCGAAGGAAUGUGUGGUUUGCUGAAUUCUGGGAGGAGAAUUUUGGAUGCAAGCUGGGCAUGCAUGGCAAGCGUCUUGGCAGUCCUAAAAAGUGCACAGGGUUGGAGAAGAUUGGUCGAGACUCCAGCUAUGAGCAGGAGGGGAAAGUGCAGUUUGUGAUGGAUGCUGUAUAUACCAUGGCCCAUGCUCUUCACCGCAUGCACCGGGACUUGUGCUCCGGAUACCCAGGACUCUGUCCUCGCAUGAGCAGUAUCGAUGGCAAGGAGCUGCUGGGUUACGUCCGCAACGUUAGCUUUAAUGGGAGUGCGAAGACCCCUGUAACAUUCAAUGAGAACGGAGAUGCUCCUGGACGAUAUGACAUCUUCCAGUAUCAGAUCACCAACGGAUCAAUAGCUGAGUACAGAGUCAUCGGCCAUUGGACAGAUCACCUUCAUUUGAAAAUAAAUGCCAUGCAGUGGGAGAGUGGUGCCUCAUCUGUGCCCGCCUCAGUGUGCAGCCUGCCCUGUCGGACGGGUGAGAGGAAGAAGGUGGUGAAGGGCGUGCCCUGCUGCUGGCACUGUGAGCGCUGCGAGGGCUACCACUACCAGGCCAGCGAGUUCACAUGCCAGCUGUGCCCAUACGAGCAGCGGCCCGACCGCAACCGCACCAGCUGCCAGCUCAUCCCCAUCAUCAAGCUGGAGUGGCACUCACCCUGGGCUGUGGUGCCCGUCUUCAUCGCCAUCCUUGGCAUUCUUGCCACCACGUUCGUGAUUGUCACAUUUGUCCGCUAUAAUGACACGCCAAUUGUGCGUGCCUCUGGCAGGGAGAUGAGCUAUGUGCUGCUGACUGGCAUCUUCCUCUGCUAUGUUGUCACCUUUCCUAUGAUUGCCACACCCAGAGUGUGCGUGUGCUCCUUUCGCCGGGUCUUCCUGGGCCUCGGCAUGUGCUUCAGCUAUGCUGCGCUGCUCACCAAGACCAACCGCAUCCACCGCAUCUUUGAGCAGGGCAAGUGCUCAGUGGCAGCACCACGCUUCAUCAGCCCCACCUCCCAGCUGGUCAUUACCUUCAGCUUGAUCUCUGUGCAGCUUAUGGGUGUGCUUGUGUGGUUUGUCGCUGACCCACCGCACACGUUUGUGGAUUAUGGUGAGCAGCGCACACAGGACCCUAGGAAUGCUCGUGGCGUUCUCAAGUGUGAUAUAUCGGAUCUCUCACUCAUCUGCUCAUUGGGCUACAGCAUCCUCUUGAUGGUCACAUGCACUGUUUAUGCAAUCAAGACCAGAGGAGUACCAGAGACCUUCAAUGAGGCCAAGCCUAUUGGAUUUACUAUGUACACCACCUGCAUCAUUUGGCUUGCAUUCAUACCAAUCUUCUUUGGGACAUCGCAGUCUGCAGAGCGGAUGUACAUCCAGACGACUACUCUGACAAUGUCUCUGAGCCUGAGUGCAUCUGUGUCAUUGGGGAUGCUCUACAUGCCCAAAGUCUACAUAAUCAUCUUCCACCCAGAGCAGAAUGUGCCGAAACGCAAGCGUAGUUUCAAGGCCAUUGUCACAGCCGCCACCAUGUCCAGCAAACUUAGCCAGCUGGCUAGCGAAAGACCAAAUGGAGAGGUGAAAACUGAGCUCUGUGAGAGUAUGGACAACAACACACCACCUACAAAAACAACCUACGUCAGCUAUACCAAUCAUGCCAUAUGAAGAUGCAUCUUGAUUAGAAGAAUUUGCGAUUGUUUACAAUGAGGCAUGGACUGCCACAGACUGGAACUAUAGCAUGUGUCUUUGAUGUUUGUUGUAAAGAGAGAGGCUGGCUGGACUGAGACAAGAUUGUGUGUUUUUCUAACAUUUACACUAGUGGUCAGAGUAAUGGGACAGCAGUUGCUUCUGGCAUAGAAACAAACACAAAUGGUCUGCCAGUGAAAGAGAAAUAUUUAUAGAUAUAAAGAUAUAUAUAUAUACAUACAUAGAAAAAUGCAAAGAAAACAACAGAAAUAAUGGAGUCAACCAUGUUAGUCGUUAUUCUAAUUGUAUUUUGUGGUUGUGCAGAUUUUGAAUUCUUAUUCCACAUUGUCAGAUCUGCAUUGAAAAAUGCAUUUGUCUCUUGUAUUGGCUACUCUGGUCAA